UAUUGGUGGAACGAGAAACUUAAUAUGCGUUUAUACUUGUCUGCACUCGUCUCAUCUUUGGACUUGUAGACAUACACUUCUUAAAGGACUCAUCUGGCAACGAUUUUUUCGAUAGCAAAUAUGAAAGAUAAGACACUACAUCCAAGAUCAGCCAUGUCCACUGUCACUACUGUUUGCUCCAUAUGUUUUGUGCUGUUGAGCUGUGGUGAGUUUAUGCGUAUCGAACUCGUUAUGAGACAGCAAAACACAAGAAUAAACCAGUUGGAGAAGAAGAUGACCCGUGCGUUUAAUGACAAGAUCUUCGUCAAUGCCGAAGAAAGAGGUGAUCAUAUUUACUUCGCGAGAAUGGAAGACCAUCGCAAAUCGAAUAGACGUUUUGUUCGUAGUGUGCCGAAUAACAAGGAAGCAAACGAAACGACGUAUAAAACUAUAGACGCAAAAUUAACAAAGAUGAUUGAAGGUAAGAUAAAUAAAGCCAUUUCUGCGAAGAACUUCAUCGCUAUUCAAGGUAGAAGAGGUAGAAGAGGGCCCAGAGGACCACCAGGACCCAUGGGUAAACCAGGUAGAAUAGGAAAGCAAGGGAUGCCUGGUUUAAAAGGCGAUCCAGGACAAAAUGGAGCUCCUGGUCCUCGAGGCAUGCAGGGUCCCAAAGGGGACCGCGGUCCUUCGUUAGAACCUCCAUCAGUCGUGAUUUCACCGCCUCAUUUGAUCGUCAAUGAAAGCAACUCCGCCAUUUUUCAUUGUUCUGCAAGUGGUUAUCCACGGCCUGAGAUUGUUUGGACUAAAGUCAACCGUCUUUUAGCAGGAAAUAGGUCAGUUGUCGACAGCACUGGAAAGAUACAGAUAAUGAACGUGUUGCCCAAUGACACGGGAAUUUACCAGUGUCAGGCUUCUAGCAUUCUUGGUAAAGUACGAGAUACAGCACGACUUGUGGUAAACUUCAGCCCGAGAAUUCUUCUCGCAAACGGACCAGUCCGCGUAAAGAUUGGAAACAAUGCAACUUUUCCGAAGUGUCACGUGACUGGCUAUCCCACACCAAAAGUCACGUGGUCCAAGUCAGUUGGUUCAUUACCACGAUCACGUGCUACAAUGAAUAAUGAUCAGCUUAGUCUAUUAAAUUCACGAAUGGACGAUUCUGGUGCAUAUUUGUGUACUGCUGAAAAUGUCCUUGGAAAUGCCGUUGGUGAGUCAAUAUUAAUUGUUGUACCACUUCCUGUAUUUACAAUAAAGCCAGCCCCGAGCUAUUAUAACUUAGCUGGAACACAACUGGCCUUUAACUGCUCAGCAAUUGGAAAUCCUAAACCUGUUAUUUCAUGGCGAAAAGAAAAUGGUGUUCUCCCUGUAGGACGACAUGAAAUAAAACAAGAUGGUUCUCUUGUUAUUAAAAAUUUGGUUAAAUCAGAUUCCGGUGUGUACAUUUGCACGGCUACGAGCGCUGAUGUAGCUGAUGUACAAGCUAGAACAUUGUUAAGAGAUCCAUAUAUAGAUUGCUCUGGUGUGUUGAGAUCGAGUAACACAAAUAGUAGUGGAGUGUAUGAAAUAAAACUUAACAGUCAGAGAGUCUUUCGAGUCUACUGUGACUUGACAACUGACGGAGGGGGGUGGACAUUGAUCGCACGGUUUUCUAACAAUGAUACAAAGAACUGGAUGCGAGACGACGGUCUGUGGUGGUACGACCUCAUGACGGGCAAAGGAAACACCACGAAUACAUCUGAGAACAAGGAUAUGAUAUCGCCGGCAUUCUGGUCAGUUAGAGGAAGAGAGAUUAAGAUCACACGAUCUGACGACCCUUUACACACUGCUCUACUACGAACUACAACGAACUGUCUAGGCUCUCGCACGUUUCGAGCAAAAAUAUCGAGUUACGGAAUCUUUAAGAGAAAAGCAGUAUGGUCAAAUGAUAAAUGCCUUGGCAGAUGUGAUGUUGUUUAUGGUGGAUACUAUCAAACUACCAGUGGGUUCAACCAGGCUCAGUGUUCAAGUAACCUACAGUCUAGCAAUAAGAUAGGAUUCUGGUGUAACUGGAGACAGGGGGAUGGAUCAGUCAUGAUGAUUGGUGGAGGUGGGAAUUCUUGUGGGCGUGCUGAUCACGGGAUUGGAAUAACAGAAUGUAAUAAGGGCUCAUUUGAAGAGUGGAGUGACAAGGGUGAGUUCGAUUUUGGAAAUGAUGCAACAGUUUCUAAAACUACUUCCCGUUCAGCAACAUAUUCUCUCAACUUAUGGAUCAAAUAAACUUUUUUUCUUGGACCAUUGAUGUCUUAUAACUAGAAAUAUAAAGCGAAACAUUUUUUUAACAUGAGGGGCACCUAGUAAACUCCACCCCUGGAAGUGAAAUCCUGGAUUUUUCCUCACAUAUCUCCAAAGGUAAAUCGCAGGCAUGAAUAAUUCAGGGUUCCCAGACAUUUUGAAAAUAAAAAUUCCCUGUCUUUCCCCUGACUGAAUAACAGUUUUCACUGACCUUGUUGAGCCGCAUGGGCGAGCAUGGGCCACAUGCAUAACUUUUACCUAGGCCCCGCUCUUAUCAUAUUACACAGGAUACCCAACAUAAUUAAACUGUCCGGCAUAAAUGAUACUAAAUACUUAUCAGUCUAUUCGAAAAUUGCAAACAGUAUGAGUAUCACACGGAUAUUCAUAGCUAACUUUUAAAAAAAUUCCCUGACUUUUUCCUGACUUUUCCCUGACCCCUGGGAACCCUGAAUAUACUAGCUGUUUCUAUGUAUGACUAUCUAUUUUUGGAAUAUUGUUUUGACCUUGUUCAUUAUAUCAACACCAAUUACUGACCGGAAAACUCCUGCGUUGUCUGAAGACCAGUCAGUAAUACUUUGAUACUAUAGAAGUUUCUGGUAGAAAUCUUACAACAUCAAUAAAAUACCAUAGAUUCCA